CCAAAGAAACCCAUUGUGAUCCUCUUUCUUCCUAUUUGUUUUUUAAUCACAAACGUUUCUUACUUUAAAAUACCUUUACAACAGUUCCACAACAUCCUCAUCUCAAGCAUAUGAAUAAAAUCAUUCAGCCUCAGUUAUCAAAAUCAACUCCAUAUACCUGUACAUCGACAAGAAGCCAAUGUAAUAAUAUCUCGCCGCCUGCUGGACUCACUACCCGUCCAGCGCUGAUUCCGACACCGCCAAAUUUUCCCACUCCCUUUGACACAGACAAUAAAAUGGCACGGAGUCAAUAUUACUCGUCAGAAACAACAACAGCUUCCACAUCUCCUCCAACGGUUCAUGGUGCACCCCCCAACAGAAAAUUGAAUGGAGUCAAACCAUUGAACGUUUUACGUGAAUCUCGAUUACAUCAGACGCUCCACAUCAGAACAACGACUCAUUUGAACAACAGCGUCAUCAGGAACAAGAGUUGUAAAGUGGGAUAUGCAGUGUACGGAUCCCACGAUGGAAUACCCGUUUUCGUCAUUGGCGGUUAUGGAUGUACACGUUUAGUAGGCAUCAUGUUUGAAGAACUGGCGUUACGCUAUGGGUUGAAACUGAUUUGGCCUGAGCGUCCAGGAUAUGGCCUCAGUGAUGAAUACAGCUCACAACGCUUCAAAGCGCUCGAUUGGGCAGAUACAGUCAUACAACUAGCCAAUGAAAUGGAAAUCAAGCAAUUUUGCAUUCUUGCACAGUCUGUAGGCUCCGUGUUUGCCUUAGCUAUAGCUUACAAGUAUCCUGAGCGCGUGUUAGGCCCCGUAUAUCUCAUUUCCCCAUGGGUUUCAACACAAGCAGCCAAUACAUUCAAAUGGACGCGUCGAUUACCAUCACCCAUUGUUCAUAAAUUGAUCUCUCUAGCGCUGGAUGUGAUGGGGAUAUGGAACAGGAAUGGGAGUCAUCACAGUGAAGACGGGCCUCGUCAUGCUUCGGCAUCAACAUACAAUAGCUCCUUUGCCUACAUCCCCCCUCACAGCAGCCAUGAUGACAGCAGCUAUUCAUCCCAUCCUCUGCCUCCACAUACGAAUAGGAGGCUUCGUUUCGAACAACCAAAACGUCAACGACGUACUACUGUCGUUGCUCUAGAAGAGGAUGAGUUAUUGGCUUCCUUUGACGAAGAAGUAUUGGACUUACCGACCGACUUUCCUACCAACCGGCCUCUUCGUCAUUUCGUUCGACCAAAGAAUAUGUCCCUGUAUUUAGCGAUGAAUAAGCAGCGUACAUCAGAGAAUUACAAUGCGGGCCAGCUCUGUGAUGCUAUGAUCGCCCUGGAAAAAUACCACUCGUUCGGCUUUAGUUAUUCCGACGUCAAAGUGCCCGUAUCCGCAGUGUGGGGUGACAUGGAUACCUUAAUACCUCAACGAGCCAUCAAUAGUUUGGCCAAUAGCCUACCAGAUCUAAGACUCAAAAUACUCGAAGGGGAAGCUCAUGAUCUGGUGUGGAAGGAAGGCGUCAUGGAAUGGGCCAUGAGGGGCAUUUCUGAACGAUGGAAAGAAAAGAGUGAAAAGAUCAAACAGUAAUCAAAUGACAAUGAAUUUCAUCUAAAAAUGGAAUGAAAACUUGUCUAGAAUAAAAAUGUUAGUCAUCUAAAAUCAUAGUUCGUCUGUUAUCGGCGUUCCUUUAAAUUGACCUACCCAAAUAAAGAAAAGAAUGAAGAAAAAACCCAGGAAUUACACAAAAAUGCUAAAGAAGGUUUCACAAACCGCAUAUGUC